AUGGCUGAAGCACGCGACGAACCACCAGAACCCAUUGCGAACGGUGCACAGGAGAACCUGGAGGCGGAUGCCACAGCAACGCAAGGUGCACAACCGAUCGAGGAGAAGCAGGAUGAAGAGAUGGAACCUCUGAAAUUAUUGUGCGGUGUCUGUGAAACAGAUACACCAAAGUACAAGUGUCCACGCUGCUACCUCCCCUACUGCUCCGUCGCUUGUAACAAAGUCCACCGCGAAGUACAUGCUGGAGAACCCAUCACAGCACCGCCGCCCCCGAAACCAGCGCCCACAACUGAGGCCGCAGACGACAGCGCAGUCCGAGGUCGCAAGUUCCGGCACCCUUGGCAGACACUGCAGCACUCGGAAGAGCUCCAAUGGCUCUUUAGUAAAUACCCGCGACUUCCGAGCCAGCUGCUGCAAAUCCACGCAGCAACACAACCACCGCCUGUACAGAAGCCCAAGAUCCCCGCGUCACUCCUCAGGGAUCUUCCGCCGCAAGACCAGAGCAACGGGUGGGAUAAAGAUAAAGGCAUUGAACGCGGCAAAGAGGCUCUACGAAGAGCCAGGAAAGCAGACGGGGAGGAUGGCGAGGCCCUCAGAGAGUACUCGGAGCUCGUCUUACAUUUUAUGGAGGAGGCUCGGGAGCGCAAGGGGCUCUAG